AUGGGUGGUAUUGGAGGGCCUCGCACGGGAGGGGUGAUGAGCAACAAAACGAGAGAAAAGUAUAAUUCGGAUGUCAAGACAAUCCAAAAGCAAUGGCAAGUUUUGACCAACUUGGAAGAUGUCUUUCCAGUCGCAAUUCGCCCCGAACGAGAGUUGAGUGUCAUAGACGUACAUAAUCUGUCGUCGAUCUCUAAAACAACAACUUUGGACGAAGCCAGGGCUCUCUUUGUUGCUGAAUGCCAGACGUCAAGUGGGCCUAGGCCAAUACAGCCGGCCGAUUUGGUCAAUAUCGAUACAUGCUUGAACACACGGCAAAUUUCUCCGGACGACUCGAAUAUUGUCGUUAUUACAGACGAGUCUUCAGAUGAAGCUGGGAAUGCGAAUGAAAAGCCAAAUCAGGGUGCUGCAGGAAAUAUCAACACAACCCGAAAACAAACAAACGACAGACGAGAGUUACCCGAAAAAGGCAGUGUUCCUAAUGGAAUGGAGAAAUCCUUAAAAGUAAAUCCACGAUCUCAACAACCCACGACGACUCUCAAUUCGAAGAAAAGAGAUUUAGCAAAUAGUGAAAUUGCCAAAAUCGGACUAAACACUGGGAAUAGUGCCAUGAACGAGAAAAGCAGUUCUGGAGCGUCUGGACUAAUAGUAAGACCUUUUGGAAAAUACAAAACAUCAAAAGCCCCACCAAAAGCCUCGAGCGACAUGAGGGCGUGUCCGCCACCCUCCCGGACGUCCCCCCCUCCACUCAGUGUUACUGGAGCCCAAUCUCAACCUUUCCUUAACAACAAUGGUAACACGACCGAUAGAUGCAUUGGCAGCAACAAAGGCAAGCGAAAGUUAGGGGAGAAAGACAACCAACCAAGAAGAGCGAAAGCAUCUCCUUACGAAUCAGCUACCUCACAAGUUGGCAACAACAACCAUGACACAGCGAACAGCGAACGUAUGGCGCGACUGGCAGAGCAUGUAGAGCGUAUCAUGGAUACUGUCGGAGAUGUCGCAUCAGUCAUUGAGAAAGGUUCAAAUGAAAAGCUGAAGAAUGAACUUAUGCUUGUGAUCGCAGCUACCGCCAAAUACUUUCGGGGUGACGUUGAAUCUAUCAUGAAAAAAGCGUGA